AUGCCACCAACACUGCCGCUCAAGUGCCGAGCCUGCGAGGCGGUCUUCCCGACGGAGGACCUCCGUGCCCGCCAUGAAACCGAAACUGAGCAUUUCCGUUAUCGUUUUCCAUGCUUCAUGUGCCCAAGGGUCUUUGAGAGUCACGAAGAUGCUGCCGCCCACAUGGAUGCUACGGGUCAUUUUCAGUUCAGAUGCAAAAAAUGUGGCGAACAUUUCGAAAAGAAGGAGGCCUUGGUAAUGCAUCUCAGGUCCCCUGUGCAUCGCGCUUUGGUCCACAAAUGCCAAUACUGCCCCAGUGUCUUUGGAACCCCUUCGGCCGUUAUUCACCAUGUCGAAUCCAACUGCUGCGAAAACGCGACAGGAUUCAACGUCGAAAGCAUCUACCAGAUCAUGAAAAAUCUCGACAAGGAAGAAGUUUUCACCAUCCCUGUUGUUCAACCCUCCGGCAAUACCAACAUCGAGUUUAAGAUGAUCGGCAAAUGGUUCCACUGCACCCACUGCCCCGCUCGCUUCAAGCGGGAGAUCGGCCUCGUGGCCCACCUCCAGUCACCUGUCCACCGCCCUCGUCAAUAUCAUUGCUUCAAUGCGCCUAACCGCUGCGGAAAGACUUUCUUGACUCUGGCUUCUCUCUUCAAUCACUUGGAGAGUGAGUCCUGCGGGAUUUACAACUUCGAUGAUGUGGAGGAAGUCUACGGAAUUAUCAAGAAGGCCGUCGCCGACAACCGUCGUCUCUCUUUCGUUGAUCUCGCGGUUUAA